AGGUACUGUUAAGCGAUGGUUCCGUAUCUGUGCGACAGGGGGCGCAGAGAUCCAUUAAACGCAUUUAUUCAGUGCAGAAGAAGAGAAACAGGUCGCUUGUUUGGGAAAAUGGCGACUUCCAUGAGAGCUGCGAAUGAGAUGCAAUCCAGAACCCGGACCGACGAUGUUCUGAUUAACGACGGGGUUGAGUUCAACUCUUUACUCCUCUCUAAACCUGUUUUAGAGGGGUUAUCUGCCUCCGGCUUUCAGCGACCGUCUCCCAUCCAGCUCAAGGCAAUCCCGCUUGGCAGAUGUGGUCUCGAUCUUAUUGUUCAAGCCAAAUCUGGCACAGGAAAGACCUGCGUGUUCACAACUAUUGCUUUGGACUCUCUUAUACUGGAAAACACCAGCACUCAGGUUCUGGUUUUAGCCCCCACUAGAGAGAUUGCAGUGCAGAUUCAUGCUGUUGUCAUGGCAAUAGGCAGCGCCAUAGAGGGAUUGGUGUGCCAUGUGUUCAUUGGUGGAAGACCGAUCAGUCAAGAUAAAUUCCACCUAAAGAAAUGCCAUAUUGCCAUUGGCUCACCAGGCCGUAUUAAGCAGCUAAUUGAGAUGGGAGCCCUGAUUACAUCUUCCAUUCGUCUGUUUGUUUUGGAUGAGGCUGAUAAACUGCUAGAGGAUGACAGCAGCAGCAGCUUUCAGGAGCAAAUCAACUGGAUCUUCUCCUCUCUGCCAGCAAAUAAACAAAUGUUGGCCCUUUCUGCCACCUACCCAGAAUCUCUGGCGCAACACUUGACAAGAUACAUGAGAGAGCCGACAUUUGUUCGACUGAAUCCAACAGAUCCUGGACUCCUUGGACUGAAGCAGUACUAUAAAAUAGUGCCCUCACAUUCAUUGCCUCAUAAAAUCUUUGAGGAGAAGGUUCGGAGUCUUCUAGAACUCUUCAGUAAAAUCCCAUUUAACCAAGCGCUGGUCUUCUCUAAUCUCCAUUCCAGAGCUCAGCACCUGGCAGAUAUUCUCUCUUCUAAAGGUUUGCCUGCAGUCUGCAUCUCAGGUGGUUUGAGUCAGGAUCAGAGAUUAGAGGCGAUGUGGAAACUGAAACAAUAUCAGUGUCGAGUUUUAAUAUCCACUGACCUGACGUCACGUGGUAUUGAUGCUGAGAAGGUGAACUUGGUGAUUAAUCUGGAUGUUCCUCAGGACUGGGAGACGUACAUGCAUCGUAUUGGCCGUGCUGGGCGAUUUGGUACUCUGGGGGUUGCUGUGACCUAUUGUUGCCAUGGAGAAGAGGAGAACAAGUUGAUGGCCAUAGCUCAGAAAUGCUCUCUGAAUCUCACUCAUUUACCAGAUCCGAUCCUACCUGGAAUCAUGGAGGAGGCUUGUGACUGGAAUGUGAUAGCUGAACCUCCUGUAAAACCCACUCAAAAGUUUCCCGAUGCUCCCAAACCAGAGAAAAAGAAACAAGUUAAAUCUGAACCCAUGGCACCAAAGUUUUCAAGAGACUCUGACCUCUUGCAGGUCAUAACAGAGAGUUCAGUGGAUGAUAAAACCUCACAUGGAGCUAAAACCCACACACCUAAACCUAAGAGGCAGAAACCAUUACGAUCUGAUACGAUCUUGGAACCGGUUUCAACUGUUAAACAGAGAGAGGAGAGUGACACCCUUCCCAAAAUCCCUCCACUGCCCUCCUUUAAAUCACAAGUGGGUAGGGUUAUGCCCUUCAGUGAGGCCGUGGCGGAUUAUGAUAGCUACAUAACAGAAGGUCCGGGAAGAUCUGUAGAAAUAAUUCGCCAGUAUGAAGGUUUCCACAGGAGUCAAGAGACAAUCAGUGGACUGCAAAAUGGCUAUGAUGAUAAGGAUGGAGCUAAUCAAUCAAAUAUUAAGGAGUCACACUCCAGUGAAGAUGUUUGUCAACCGCAGGAGGUUUCAGAGUUGUCAUCUGAACCAAAGACGGUUUCCUUGUCAUCUGAUGAAUCCUGCUCAGAGUCUGAGAUGGAGAUGGAGAGUAAAUCUGACUCCCCAGUGCCCAGCAGAUCAUCACAUCACACACCUUCUCUGCCAGAAAAUGGAGAACACGUGUACAAUCCUGUGGACAGCAGCAUCAACCAGCAGAAUGAAGCCCAUUUACCUGCAGCCAGAGUAUCAAAACAGUCCAGCAGAAACAAACCAAGGCCUUGUAAACCUCAAUCCCUGAAUCCUCCUCACCAUCAUAGCCCUCCCCAGAAACACCAGUCAGCCUCCAAAUCCAGCCGGAAGUCUUCUGUAGCAUGGCAAAAGUGGAGGAAGGAAGAGACUGAGGAAGAGGAAGGUGCAGGGCAGGAUUAUUGGAAUGCAUACAGAGCAUGGGUUGAAUAUAACAAUUCAUAUUACCACCAUUUACCCUAUAACUGGAUGACAGCAUUUUACAUGAACUCCAUCUACAUGAUGGAAAUGAUGAAACGCUAAAAACAUGUCAUUGACUUUGUUGUGCUAUGACCUUUGACCAACUGUUAAUGUACCAGUUGCUCUUACUGAUGCCCCUUAUAUAGCGGUUUAAUUGCUGUUAGUGUUCAGGAACUCGUUAAAGGAAUUUAUGUUCCAUUACAAUGCAUUUACAGUGUUUAAACAAGGCUCGAAUGAUUCUUACUGUAAAUGGUUUGUGUGUAAUGGUGUAGUUCUCUAAUAAAAAUGAAUUAAAAUCUUA